CAGGAUUUGAUUACUUGUGGCUCCAUCGGCCGGGGUGUUGACAGCUGCAAUUAACUUAACCUAAAAAUUGCCUUACUUUCGGAAAAUAUGUUUAAAAAAUUCGAUGAAAAGGAAAGCAUUUCCGGUGUUUUGCAGUUGAAAUCUUCGGUUCAGAAAGGGAUCCGGUCGAAACUUGUGGAUUGUUACCCCCAUUUGGAAGGUUUUAUCGACAAUAUUUUACCGAAGAAAGAUGCACUGCGUAUAGUAAAAUGCCAUGACCAUGUAGAAAUUAUUGUGAAUUCAGCGGGAGAGCUGCUCUUUUUCAGGCAUAGGGAAGGUCAGUGGAUGCCGACAUUGAGACUACUUCACAAAUAUCCGUUUUUCCUGCCAAUGCUGCAAGUCGACAAGGGGGCUAUUAGGUUUGUAUUAAGCGGUGCGAAUAUAAUGUGCCCGGGACUGACGUCACCUGGAGCAAAAAUGACUGAAGUCCCGAAAGACACAGUCGUGGCCAUUAUGGCAGAAGGUAAACAACAUGCUUUGGCUAUUGGUAAAACAACAUUAUCCACCGAGGACAUAACGAAAAUUAAUAAAGGAAUAGGAGUCGAAAACUGCCACUAUUUAAAUGAUGGUUUAUGGCAAAUGAAACCUGUAAAGUAACGUUUUGUAUUUAUUGCCUAACAAUAAACAAUUUUUAUAAAUAAA